AUGAGCUUCUUGUUCCGCAAUCCAAUGCGGUCCGUAUGGCGUCGUGACCUCGAGACAUCCAACACCAGGGCUAACCCGCUGCAGACAUCAGGUACAGCUGAAAUGAGCGGAAACGAGCCAGACCGCACGCCGCCUGCGCAGCCGGCCGAGCAGACAGUUAUGCAGACCGCCGAAGCUAGUAAGAGCUUCCAACCGAAUAUGCUGGGUCCUACGACUGAAGCACAGAGCCAGAAUCAGCAGCGCGAUGCCAUGGGCAUGAGUGGCACGGAAGAUAGGCAGGGAGAAGAAGCUGAGCACGUCCACCUGAGCUUGGGGGACGAGGAGAGAGCUGAUGGCCAUCAGGGCCUCAGACGUUCUCGAGAUCUUGACAGCAGAUCUCCUACUACGGUUGGAGGGGCUGAGACGAGUCAAUCAAAUCUCGAGCGAGCUCAACGUCCUGACGACCGCGCAACAGUCGAAGAUGCUGAAGAGGAGGAUGUCAGAAAUAUCGACGCUGGAAAUCCGAGCAGCGGUGGAUCCGCAACUAGCCAAGCACUCCGUGAGCAAGCUCGUCUUGGUCGUGAACAGCGAGCCCGGGUCGAAAUCGCAGAGGACAACGAGGGAAGCAACAUCAUCUCUGAGACCUCGGCUGGUAUCGAUGGACCCCUUCUCAGCUCCGUCGACGAUGUCAUGGCCGACGGUUUCGAUGAGUUCGGCAGGGCUAAAGAUUCUUUCGCAGGAAACAACCAUGGCUACAUGGAAGACGAUCGUGCUAGGUCCCCAGCUCACCAGGCCAAAAAGCAGCGCACAGCCCUCCCCUAUCGCCCUCUGCACGUCGAAAACGACAUGAGCGAUGAUGAAGAAGAUAUCUCCGAGUUCCUUCAGUCUCAGGGCAUCAAACCGCAGCCACAACGUCAGGAGACCCAAGGAUUGCAAGAGCUCGACGAGCAAGGCGAGCCUAUUCGAGCCAGUGUGGAACCAACCUCUACACCGAUUAUCCGCACAGAGCCGCUGGUCUAUCCACCUCGCCGCCAGCAAUAUCAAGCGUCGCAGUACCGCCAGCAAUUUCAACCGUCGCAGUCCUCACUCAACCAGAAGACCACUGCGUUUGUCUCUCGCAAGCGCGGCCAUGACUCGGCUUCCAUGAAAGCAAGGCAGCCCCACGGAUCUCGUCGCCCGACUGCCAACGGUUCCGCUCAAUCUCGUCCGUCUUCAAGCCUCAACCCCUUCACCAACCCGCGUCCAGUUUUGCAACCGCGCUGCAAGCUGCCCUGCCACACCCAUCGCCCGCCACCCACCCCGAAAACCGAAAAAGUGCGAAUCGUAGUCCGUGGUCCAGACGGCAGCGAGCUGACCUACGACAUCAAUCGCACGACUCGCAUGGGCAAGGUGAUGGCGAAUUUCCGUGGCCGGACGGGCCUGUCCAACGCGGUGGUGUUCAACUUCGAGGGCACGCGCGUGACGGACAAGCAUACGGCGGCGGAGCUGGAGAUGGAGGAUGGCGAUGUGAUCCAGGUAUACAUGAUUGCGAUUGGUGGGUGCAAUUGA